UUGUGUGGGUCGGACUCGGAUGGCGUCAACUCGGUUUUGAUGGGGUCGUAUCCCGUGCAGCUUUCAUCCGGUGUUGCUGUAUCUAUCUAUCAGUCGACUCGCGCACACGUCGCGUUCUUGGAAAGAACACUCUGGGCUCUGCUUCGGUCCGAGGCUUUCUUGUGGAUUGAUUCGGUUCUGCAAGGUCGGCUUCUUGCUUGUCUUGUGUGUCUGUUCGGCUCUUCGUUUCUGGUUUUGGGUUCGGGCCAAAAUGGGUUCCCAGGGAAUGAUCUUUCUUGCUCGGUGUUGCGACGUUCUUGAAGAUGGGAGUGAUGAAGCAAAAUUAUCGAUUUCGGCUUUCUGUGCAGUGGGUUUAGGAUUUUGCAUGUGCUGUGCUUACUCUUACUCUUGGCUGUCUUCAUGUUCACUAACUUUAUGUCAUCUAGUGUAUUGAGAGAUAGACGAGGGGUUUUAGUAUUCUUUUGAACUUUACUUUCUGGAGUGAAAUUUUGUCUACUUGCAACAUUCUAAUCUACUAGCAACUAUUCUCCAUUAUGACUUUUCAAGCUAAACAGCAAUGUCUACCGAUCUAUAACUAAAUAUGAGCAGUGAAUUUUUUAUUUUCAGCACUGGGUAAAUGGUACAGUUCUAGCGAAAACAUUGUCUUAGGUAUCAUGCUUUGUUUAACUAGCUGCGGGUUUCGUGGCUUUCAAGAUCACUUGAUAAGUAUCCACUUGUUUUUUGAGUCCCAUGCUUCGCGUGUGAAUCCUUUGGUAAUCUGAGUUCUCAUGAGUUUUCAUGGCUUUUAGUUUUCCUUUUUGCUUCCAUAGUAAUCGAUUCUGUUGUGCAGCCACACAAAAAUGCCAGACAUUGACUUGGGAUCUCACACUACACAAUCCCAUGGAUUCAAGGUGGCAAAAGUGCAUAAGCACGACUGGCUCAUUCUUUUGCUUCUUGUGGUGAUAGAAGCCAUCUUACUUAUAAUAGAACCAUGAAAUAUCCUCUGAAGGGCAAUACCGUGCCCUUUUGGGAUGUCCCAAUGAUCGCCAUAGUGUUUCCGUUCGUCGUCUUUCUUGCUUACUACUUCACACGCAAAGACGUUUAUGAUUUCCAUCACGCGAUUUUGGGCCUUCUAUUUGCGGUACUUUUGACUGCGGUGAUUACCGAUGCUAUAAAAGAUGCCGUUGGACGACCAAGACCAGACUUCCCGCCCUUGGAAGACGCCCCGGACAUCGGAGCCGUUCGUUGAAACCCCACCCCAGAUAGGAGCUCUUUCUCUCAACACCCCCGAUCUCAAAAUUCAUUUUUUUCUCGAAGAUCGUAGGCAUCUUGCAUAGAAAUAUUGGUUGAUCCGUGCCUAAUAAUGUCGAUUCAAACCUUCAUAUGUUGAGACUAAGCCUCAAGCUUGCUGUCCGAAGUGCGUGUCAUGCGUUUGCUAAAAUGCCCAAAAGAAAAGAUGGCCGAGGAAUUUUCACGUAU